UCAGAACUAUUUCAUACCGAACGUUCCCAUGUUCGCGCGUUAAACGUGCUUUUGCAUGUCUUCCAUGAACCGUUACUGGAGUCCCAAGUGCUGCCAUUAGAUCAAAUACAAUUACUUUUCUCGAAUCUGGACGAGAUGCUAAUGAUCCACUCGCGUUUUAAUCAAUCGAUGAAACGGAAGAAGAAGGAGAAUCCGUGUGUGGGUGAUGUGGGUGAGCUUCUGCUAGAAAUGUUCGACGGUGAGGGCGGCGAGGCAUUCGAAAGAGCCGCGUCGACCUACUGUGCUAAGCAGCAGGUCGCACUAGACGCUCUACGUGAUCGUCGACGUAAGGAUUCCAAGUUGAAUUCUUUCCUGAAUGAAAUUGAAGCAAAUCCACUGUGCCGUCGACUUCAACUAAAAGAUCAUAUACUUACCGGUAUGCUACGGCUCACUAAGUAUCCGUUGCUUUUUGAGAAUCUCGCCAAAUAUACGCCAGACAGUAAUGAAAAGGAGAAAAUGGCUGUGCUGCGAAGCCUCGAACGCAGCAAGGAAAUCCUAAGUUGCGUGAAUCAGGCAGUGAAGGAGGCUGAAGAUCAUCAGCGACUUACCGAAAUUCAACGAACAAUCGAUCGAUCAGCCUUCGACAAGUUCGAUCAUCCGACCGUACAGGAAUUCAAGAAUCUCGACAUUACGAAACGUAAGCUGAUCUAUGAAGGACCUUUGCAAUGGCGACGCACCGAGCCAAAUCGCUCAAUGCCGAAUCGUUCAGUGCCAAAGCCGGUGGAUUUGCAUGUAGUAUUACUUGACGAUACAAUAUUCUUCCUGCAUCGACAAGACGAUAAAUAUCUGUUAAAAUUUAUCAAUACGACAAAUCAAGCGGGUAAUUCUGUGCUUAGUCCGAUCGUCAAACUAUCCACUGUUUUGGUGCGUCAUAACGCCGCUGAGAAAGACUCCUUAUAUCUGGUUAAUACCUCGCAAAAUGGCGCACAAAUGUACAAUCUAGUAGCGCCAUCUUCUGCGGAACGCAAACUCUGGUGUAAGCACAUUUCUGAAGCUGUGGAGGCUUAUAAGGCACGUGAUCGUCAGGGUAGAAGACCGACACCGCCCACUGUUCUCCCGGAAGAGCCAACGAACGUAAUAGAAGACGUAUCAUCACCUGCUAUCAUGGAAGCAGACAAUACAGCCGAUGACAAGGAUCAACUGCAGGAUCGAGAGUUGCGAGAAUUUGGGCAGGAUGAUGCUGUUACUAUUACUUCCACUACUGAUUCUGCUUUUGUUGCUGCUGCUACCAGCAGCACCACCAACACCACCACCACUACCAGUAUGGCGGAAGCAUUGCGGAUGGUCACGUGUACUCAGUUUUCAUUAAUAGAUCCCUUAGAAGUUCACGUGGAAGUACCACCGGUGCAUAUUGCAGAACCAGUUUUUACACCAAUAGAAUGCUUAAGACGAAAGGACGAAAUAAUAAAACAAGCUUUGCUCGAAAAACAAUUGUUAAUGGCGGAUAUAUUAAAUAUUCCAAAAGAAGAUUUUGAACACGUAGCAGAUAUGGCAUCUGAACCAUCCACCGUGGAAAAAGAACCUGUUGAACUCAUUCUGGCUGCUAUUAAUCAAACGGAUCAGCUAGUGGGAAUAUUGAAUUCCACAUUGAAUGUAAGUGAAACGGAAACGGUAUUUUCAUCACGUGGAACAUCAACAUUAUCGUCUCCCGCAUGUGAAGCUACUGGUUGUCCAUCAUUACGAAGUCAUUUUCAUCCUCAACAAUCAGUUAUGGGUGUAAUGCAACCAAUUUGCCAUUAUCUCACAUCCCAACUCUCACAACUGUCACAACUUCUGGAAAUUAUUAAAGAACGGGAGGAAGAACGGGAAAAACUGCGAAGAGAAUUGCGUAGAAGUAGAGAACGUAUACAUGCACUUGACAUUGACGUACAACGCCGAGAAUUUUCAGGAGCAACGACCACAACAUCUUAUACGCAAACAACUCCUGAUGAUUUGUACCAAGAAAGUUACACUGAUGACCGCACUCGGAACGAGUCCAUUGAUACGUGCGGAGAAGUGGCCGUAGAUGUGGAUGCGAGAAACCUUGAACUUAAAACGGAAACUGAUGUAAUGGGCGACAGCGUUGACUGAAACACAGUUGUAAAUCGUCUUAUAUCAAUUAUAUCCUUAACCAUCUGGUGCAUUUCAAGAGCGGUGCUGAAACGCUCUCAUAUUCGUCGAGAAAUCAAAAUUAUUUGUAAAAAUAUGAAAAACAUGGACAACGCAUAUAUAUUUGUGCGAUACAUGACGAAUAAUUCUUUGCCACAGGCAAUAAUAUACUAAACAUAUAUAGAGCGCUAUGCAGCAGAAGAUAUUAACUGUUUUGUUUAUUUAAUAACUCGGAAAAUUCGACAAAAGCGUACGUUAUAAAUGCUACUAAUCUUUACAGUUAAUAAAAAUGCAAUAUAUUAUUCAUAAAUUACAAUAAAAGAAAAAUCCAUUUUCAUGUAUGUUUUUUUAUUAUCUUCUGCAAAAGACGAGAAGAUACAUCGUGGAGAAUUGUUUUGUGCAACGUUCUUUUUUUUACGCCUCACAUUAUAUGAAUUAUUCACAUAUAAAAGACUUCUUUUAGAUAAUUUUAUGCAAGAGAAUAUCCUGUUAAUAUAUCAAGCAAUAUAUUGGUUUAAUACAA